AUGAGCCCGUGGAAGAGCACCGUGUCCCCCACAAUCUUCAGCCUGUUGCUGCUGCUAAGCUGUGUCUCCACUGUGGUUCCUCUGCGCUGCUACACCUGCCUGUUCCCCGCCAUCUCCCCGCUGGACUGCCUGAAGUUCCCGCAGGAGUGUCCGGCCGACCAGCGCUGCCUGUCCAGCACCGCCGUCGGGACCCGAGGAGAUUCCUACCGCGUGGUUCUGUAUGAGAAGAGCUGUGCUGUGCCCUCCCAGUGCGGCCUGACUGGGCAGAAAUACGCCGUGGGCCUCAACUUCACCUUCACCAACGAUUGCUGUGACACUGACCUGUGCAACACUGCCCCCUACAGGAGCGCCACAGUGAUCACCAUGCUCCUCCCUCUCACUCUCACACUGUGGUGA